CAAAGUCAGUCAGACUUGUAGACGAAGGCGACGGUGGCGACGGACUUUUGACACUUCAUUGACACCGACGCCGUGACGCCGAAGACUUGAGCCUUCACAAGACUGAAGUUUUGUGUCAUUUACUAGUCCUAACAACAACUGAACAACUAGUUAGCUACUUACUCUCUGUCUGUUAGGUGGACAGAUAUUAAUUUAAUAAUAAUAAAAUUAAAAAGUGAAGUAACCUAGCUUAAAGUGAAGGCCUAGUUUAUUUAUAAAUUUAGUGAAAGUGAACAGUGUUUAAAGUCCUUGAAUCGCGGAACUGUUGGUGAAUACUGAAUACAAAAAAGUUAAGUUCUAGUAGUCAUUUUUUAAUUGUGUUUAUUUUCAUCAUGGACUAUAUAAGUUAAGUUAACCCAAUCUAGAACGCAAAGUGUAUUUUUUGCUACAUUAAUUUGAACUCUUUGAGGACUAUUACACACUUUAAAGGUAUUGGAUUGCCUGAAUAAGUUACUGUACUUAACUAAGAGAUGACUAUGUCAAAUCCCAACACUUUCAAAGGCCCUUAUCUCAGACCAUGGAUGAGAGAAUAUGGUGCUGCAGCUCCAGCCUCAGGAACAGGAUUUAAAGGAAUCAUCGCUGGGGGUAUUACAGGUGGUAUUGAAAUCUGCAUUACCUUCCCUACAGAAUAUGUAAAAACACAGCUGCAGCUAGAUGAGAAAGGAGGUGCCAAACGUUACUCGGGAAUUGUUGACUGUAUCAAGAAGACUGUACAAAGCCAUGGGUUCUUUGGUCUAUACCGAGGACUCAGUGUGCUGCUGUAUGGCUCCAUCCCCAAGUCUGCUGUCAGAUUUGGUGCGUUUGAAGCCCUCAAGACUAGAUCGAUGGAUGAGCGAGGUAAUCUGUCUCCGCAGAUGAGGGUAUUGUGUGGGCUGGGAGCUGGAAUCUGCGAGGCUGUGUUUGCCGUAACCCCCAUGGAAACAGUUAAGGUCAAGUUUAUCAAUGACCAACGUUCUGCAAAUCCUCGAUUCAAAGGCUUCUUCCAUGGUGUUAGCCUGAUAGUGAAAGAACAAGGAUUCCGAGGAGUUUAUCAAGGACUGUCAGCCACCAUUAUGAAGCAAGGCAGUAACCAAGCCAUCAGAUUCUUUGUGAUGGAGACAUGCAAAGACAAGUACAGAGGUGGGGACCCAACCAAACCUGUGCCCAAGAUGGUUGUUGGAGCCUUUGGAGCUGUCGCGGGAGCAGCAUCGGUCUUUGGAAACACUCCCAUUGACGUUGUCAAAACAAGAAUGCAGGGUCUGGAGGCAUCUAAGUACAGUAGUACCUGGGACUGCUUUGUUAAGAUAUGGAAGAAUGAGGGACCUAAAGCGUUCUACAAAGGAACAGUCCCACGGCUAUCCAGAGUAUGCUUGGAUGUCGCUAUCACUUUCAUGAUCUACGAUUCAUUCAUGGAUCUCUUCAAAAAAGUUUGGCCGUGAGGAGUCAGUCGUUUUUAGUAUUUACGGUGUAGUUACUUGUUGAACUGUGUUUGUUGUACUUUAUGUUGUUCUAUCGUUAUGUUAAUAUUUCAGAGAUUUUAUUUAUGAAGGGAUUUUAACAAGAUUUUUUUGGUGAUUGUAUCAGAAAACUUACGUUCCUGUCCAAAGCCAAUAGUUUUUAUCGGUGUUUGUGUUUUUAAAAAUUCACUAACAGCUGUGAUUUCUCCUAACAAUUUAAUAAGGCAAAGGAUACGUAUGACUGCCAUCUCUCAGUGUGUCAUUAAAUAGGUGUAAGUUAUUUUUAUACAUGUCAACGACUUAAGGUAUUAGUGAAAAUAGAUAUAAGAUACAGACUGCGGGAGAAAAGGGUUCAAUCAAGAGAAACUUUAUCAAUUUCAUAAAAUUUAAUUCUAUAAAUUAAGUAUAUUAUUCUAUAUUUUGACCAAUCGAAGUAUAAGAGUUAAUAAAACUAAACCAGUGUGUGGCACAACUUCAUUUCAAUCUUUUGUGCUUAGUUUUAUUGUUACCUAGCUUUUAUGAUAUUUUUUUCAUAAGCCAUACUAACAUUCCUUCUGUAAAAUAGGUUUAAAUUCUUUUGCAUUUAUUUUUUUAUCAAAAAUCAUUGUUACCUAUAUAUUUAUUUAUAAGCUUUGUUUCAUACUUGUAAAUUUGUGUACGUUUUGUUGUUGAAAAUUUUUUGCAUGAGUGGCAUUACUAUUUUUUUUAGUUUUGAAAUAACAGGGUAAUUGAACAAAAUAUAACAUUCCAUUUAUAAUUGUAUCAACAGUAUUUUAAGAUUUGAAAUGAUCAUAUAAAUUAAUUAGGAAAUCAAUGAAUGAUCUUGCAUUUAUUUUUAUUUUUUUAUGUUAUGGUUUAAUAUUACUGAUUGGAGUUGUGCAUGAUUAUUCAUGUUUUUUAGGUUUUGUGGAAUACAACAAAAUGUAAUAAUUUUUUAACAUUGUAUGUUUGAGAUGAUAUAUUACAUUAUUGUAAAACAACACAGAAACACUGAAACUACUCGGGGUUGAAAAAGAUCUGUCAUAUUUAAUAUUUGUAUGCAUAAAAAUCAGUUUUUUGUUUGUCUUUGAUGGCAAUUUUCUUCCAAAUAUUUAUUUUAAUCUCGACAUCUUGGGUUAUCUUAAUCUCUUUUCUAACAGUGUCAAUUCCAACUUGCUCACUUAAUUCUAUCUGUGUUUAACAUAUCUGCCAAACUUUUAACCAUGCCAUUCAACGAAUUAGAAGCUUAAAAACAACUUUAUUAGCCAUUAGGUUUUAUUUUAACUAGAGCUUAUUAAACAAAGUAAUUUUUCAUGAAACACUAACAAACUGUACCAUAUGUGCCUAGAGUUCCUAAAUUAUUCUACUUUUCAUAAUGUAUUUUCAACCGUGCGUGUGGGUGCAAAUCACUCCUACAAAGUGGAAUGAGUGUUUAAGCAUCACAUCAAUAUUAAUAAUAAAUUGGGAGACUGAUUGUGCCUUACAAUUGUAUGCUCCAGAUCAAUUUUCUUUCAUUAAAAUCUCUAAGGAGGCAAAUUAAAAAAUUUUUCUUAAAGAAAAAAAGACUGAUUUUAAGCAUAUAUUUUUAAAUUGUAUUGUAAUUAUUUAUAUGUUUAGUAAGUCAAUGCCAUGUCAAAUCAAAACAAGCAAUAUUGUUUUAAAAGUGAAGCUAAAUUUCCAUCACCUGUCAAAUAAUAUACAAAUGUUUUACUAAUAUAAGCUGUAUCUUGUUUUAGUUCUUGACAACUAAUUCGCAUAUUCAAUUUUUUAUGUUUGUGAUUCUUAUUUUAUUGUAAUGGUUAUUAGGUGCACAAAUGUAUUAAUUUUAAACUUUCAAAUUUGUCUAAACUUAUGGUUACUUAAGUAGGCUAAUUGACAGUAGAUGUUCAAUAUACUGUAAGCCAUAUAGGAAUUAUCAUGGGUGUGUAUAAAUAAAAAUGUUUUGUUGAUUGGAA